GGGUCUCACUCUGUUACCCAGGCUGGAAUACAAUGGCAGGAUCACAGCUCACUGCAGCCUCAACCUCCCAGGCUCAAGUUAUCCUCCUACCUCAGCCUACAGAGUAGCAGGAACUAUAGGUACAUGCCACCAUACCUGGCUAAUUUUUAAAAUUUUUUGUAGAGAUGAGGUCUCACUAUGUUGCCCAGGGUGGUCGAGAACUCCUGGGCUUAAACGAUCCUCCCACCUUGGCAUCCCAAAGUGCUGGGCUUACUGGCACGAGCCACCUCACCAGGUCAGUUGUGUUGUCUUCACAGCAAUUGUCUGUGAAGACAGAGAGCAAGACAUGCCCCAGUUAUCAAAGACCUCACAGAUGCUUCUGAGACAAAUCCCUUCACCUCUUUGAGCCUCAGUUACCUCCUUUGUAAAGUGAGGAUAAUUGUGCUUAAGCCAAAGAUGGCAAACUAGUUUCAGGCCCAUUCUGCACACAUUUGUCUGUUCUGUUAUUUUUUAACUAGAAUGACUGAGCCAGGCAUAUUCUAAGCAGUUUACAUGAUAGUGACUUGGAGAACAGGUGAGAGUGGUCAGAUUGGGGAUAUAUUUUGGAAGAAUUGCCAUCAGGAUUUGCCAAAAGAAUGGAUGUCAGGUUUGAGGGAAGAAAAGGAGAUAGAAAUGCUAAAAAGGAACACGGGUGGAAGCCAGCGCACUAAAGACAGAAGAACAUAGAGAAGAGGCCUCACAAGAGAGACUCUAGACCCUCACGUGUUCAAGCCGCUGAGCUCAGGCCUUGUUCCAGGCAGCCAAACACUGGAUUUCCGAUCUCUCUUAGAAAAGCAGACAUCUGGCAACACUGGGCCUGUGUCCCUCUGUGACAAUAAUCUGCCAGAAAUGAAUAAAGGCUGCUCUCUUCAUAUGGCCUCAGUGCCCAUCCGGACUGCUUUCCUUGCAGGAUACCUGCCUGGCUCCUGUAGCUCCUGAUGUAAUAAUCUCUGCAAAAUUCGACCUGGAAAAAAUGAAACUGACCAAAAGGAUGGCCCUACACAUACCAAUGAAAUCUUACAAUAGAAUAAGAUAUGGUUAGUAAAAUUGGACAUGGAGCCAGAACCUAAUCCGCAAGUCAAAUAUUUUCAAAAUACAAACAGAUGCCUUUAAAGUCCUACACAAAACAAAAAUGCUCAAAAUACGUUGAUUAUAUGAAAGUUCUUGACUAGUGCAGUAAGACAAGAAAAAGUAUAAGAUCUGAAAAAAGAGACGAAACCUUCAUUAUUCACAGACAAUAUGAUUGGCAAUACAGAAAAGUAAAGAGAUUCCCAAAACCCCUGGAAAUUUUUUAAGGUUUCAACUUUGUUGCCAAAUAUGGGAUCAGUACACAAAAUUCAAUCGUGUUUCCUCUAAAGGACACCAACAAACAAUAUGUAACUUCUGAUUUACAAUAAUUUCAUUUACAAUAGCAGUCAAACCAUGUGGUACCUUGGAAUAAAUCCCCAAAAGUAUGUAAGACCUUUAUGAAGAAAACUAUAAUAUUUUAUUAAAAUUCAUAAAAUAUGGCCUAAAUAAGUGAGAAAUCAAGUGGGGUCAUUAAUGGAAAGACUCGGUGUUAUAAAGCGGCAAUUCUGUACAAAUGCAAUGCAACUCCAAUUAAGAUCUCAUAGUUUCCUGGAACUUAGUAGGCAGGUUGUGAAAUUUAUAUGGAGGUUCCAAACAUAGCUGAGACCAUCUUAAAGAAGACGAAAGAGAGAAAAGAAUGUUUCCCAUAAAAGAAGAAACUGGAGUUCAGAUUUCUCUUUGGAAACUGAAAGAUCCGCCCACAGUGGACCCUCACUUCUGGAGAGGAAUAAUCAGCUACAGUUGAUUAGCAGUUGCCCCUUCAGAUAGAACACUCGAUCUCCAGUUCACCCAGUAUAUCUUCUACUUAAGGCACCUGCCUGACCCUUGCAGAUAUUUGAUUAUGUGAUAGUUACCUGGAGUGAGGGCUUAAGGUAAGAGGAAUGGAACAGAUUGUUUAAAAUACAUAUAUUGUUUGGUCGUGUAAGUAUUCUCCUCAUGGUGAAACUUGAUCAGGCAAGUGGAAAGAAUAACAGAGAAAUAUGUGAAUCUAAGACAUUGAUGUUUCUGGUAAUGGUGAAGUUCUGAGUAUGAUCAUGGGAAUGCGUGGCUGAGAAGGGAUGAAGGAAAGGGUGUCUGAGGAUAUAAAGUGAGAGGACUGGAAAGUGCAAACGGCCCAAGAGUCAGUGGCUCCCCUGAGACCAAUACCAGGAGUUGGGGUGAAGGGAAUCUGCCUGUUAACAAGGUUUCCUAGAGUCUGAUGCACAGUUCUUGAUCCACAGCGCCAGAAAUAAAGUGGUUAAAUAAAUAUAAGCUACCGGCCGGGCGCGGUGGCUCAUGCCUGUAAUCCCAGCAACUUGGGAGGCGGAGGCGGGCGAUCACGAGGUCAGGAGAUCGAGACAAUCCUGGCUAACACGGUGAAAUUCCGUCUCUACUAAAAAUACAAAAACUUAGCCAAGCGUGGUGGCAGGCGCCUGUAGUCCCAGCUGCUCGGGAGGCUGAGGCAGGAGAAUGGCGUGAACCUGGGAGGCGGAGAUCGCAGUGAGCCGAGAUUGAGCCACUGCACUCCAGCCUGGGCGACAGACCAAGAGUCUGUCUCAAAAAAAAAAAAAAAAAGAAGAAGAAAGAAAAGAGACAAAGAGAAAGAAAGAAAGAAAGAAAGAAAGAAAGAAAGAAAGAAAGAAAGAAAGAGAAAGAAAGAAAGAGAGAGAGAGAGAGAGAAAGAAAGGAAGGAAGGAAAGCUACCUAUACGUGGGGCUGCCUAUUAACUCCGCCAACUGACUUAACUCCUGCCUCUUUAUCUGUAAAAUGGGCAUAAUUACAGCAUCGUUUUUGGAAGAUUCCAAGUAAUAAAGUCUGAGGUGUGCUUAACACAGUACUGGGAAGUUAAGAAGCAAUCACACUCCAUCCUAAAUACGACGGAAGUCUUCAAAAAAAAUAAAAAUAAUGCAAUAUGACUUACUUGGAAAUGUAUCAAAAAAUAAAGACCGAUGAAUGGAUCGAGGCGUAGUGUGAUAAAAUAGAGUAAAAUUUUAAUGAUAAAAAGUUAAUGGUUAAAUGUUCACUGUAAAACUUUCAACUUUUCUUCUUGAAAAUGUGCAUAAUCCGACGUGGGAAAAAAAUAAUGCAUUGCAGUCAGUUCUGGGGAAAGGGAAAGCUAAGUUUUAAGUUUGCUAUUGCUUUUGCUUUUUUAACAGAAAAGGUACAAAAAAGAAAACAAAAUGGGAGAGAUGUUCCUGAACUCCGUCCCGCCUGUGGGCCGUUAGCAAAGCUGCUAGCAUGAAAUCAUCGAGCACCGCUUGCGAAAUGCCAAAUCCUCGAGAGCGAGGCCGGAGGCUGCCAAACCCGCGCUGAGGAAAGGGACGCCUCCCGGCGCCCCAUCCCGCUGCGGACGGAGGUGAGUUUGGAGCGAGCGCUGGCGGAAGAGAGGCUCAGCGCAGGGGGCGCAGAGCCGGCGCUGGCCAAUAUGCGCCGCAUGUGAUACCUUUGAGGGAGCGGCGGGGGAGGGUAGCGUCAAAUUUCAAAAAAAAAAACAAACCCACACAACCCCGGCGGGCGGGCGCGCGCGAUGGGCGCCCUUUGGCUGCGGGAGCGAGUGGAGGAUGCUGGGAAGGAGGUAAAAUGGCCACCGGCGGCGGCGCAGAGGAAGAGAGGAAACGGGGGCGGCCGCAGCUUCUGCCCCCCGCGCGGCCCGCGGCCCGGGGCGAGGAGGCCGACGGCGGCCGCGAGAAGAUGGGCUGGGCCCAGGUGGUAAAGAAUCUAGCCGAGAAGAAGGGCGAGUUCCGCGAGCCGCGGCCGCCGCGGCGGGAGGAGGAAAGCGGGGGCAGUGGAGGGAGCGCCGGACUCGGCGGCCCCGCGGGCCUGGCGGCGCCGGACCUCGGCGACUUCCCACCGGCUGGCCGCGGGGACCCGAAGGGCCGCCGGAGAGAUCCGGCCGGCGAGGCGGCGGACCCCCGCAAAAAGAAGGGCGCUGCCGAGGCGGGCAGGAGGAAGAAGACCGAGACGGCGGCGGCCGCCAUGGCGACCCCGGCCAGGCCCGGCGAAGCCGAGGACGCGGCCGAGCGGCCCCUCCAGGACGAGCCGGCGGCUGCGGCGGCGGCGGCAGGCCCGGGCAAGGGUCGCUUCCUUGUCCGCAUCUGUUUCCAGGGAGACGAGGGCGCCUGCCCGACCCGGGACUUCGUGGUAGGAGCGCUUAUCCUGCGCUCCAUCGGCAUGGACCCGAGCGACAUCUACGCGGUCAUCCAGAUCCCCGGCAGCCGCGAAUUCGACGUGAGCUUCCGCUCGGCGGAGAAGCUGGCCCUGUUCCUGCGCGUCUACGAGGAGAAGCGGGAGCAGGAGGACUGCUGGGAGAACUUUGUGGUGCUGGGGCGGAGCAAGUCCAGCUUGAAGACGCUCUUCAUCCUCUUCCGGAACGAGACGGUGGACGUGGAGGACAUUGUGACUUGGCUCAAGCGCCACUGCGACGUGCUGGCCGUGCCGGUGAAAGUGACCGACAGGUUUGGGAUCUGGACCGGGGAGUACAAAUGCGAGAUCGAGCUGCGCCAGGGGGAGGGCGGGGUCAGGCACUUGCCAGGGGCCUUCUUCCUGGGGGCCGAGAGGGGCUACAGCUGGUACAAGGGGCAGCCCAAGACAUGCUUUAAAUGUGGUUCCCGGACCCACAUGAGCGGCAGCUGCACGCAGGACAGGUGCUUCAGGUGCGGGGAGGAGGGGCACCUGAGCCCUUACUGCCGGAAGGGCAUCGUGUGCAACCUCUGUGGGAAGCGAGGACACGCCUUUGCCCAGUGUCCCAAAGCAGUUCACAAUUCCGUGGCAGCUCAGCUAACCGGCGUGGCCGGGCACUAAACACCCGCCUGCCUGCCAGGGUGAACACACAGCCAGCUUACCCCUCUUAAGUGCCAAAACUUUUUUUUAAACCAUUUUUUAUCGUUUUUGAAGGAGAUCUUUUUAAAACCUACAAGAGACAUCUCUCUAUGCCUUCUUAAACCGAGUUUACUCCAUUUCAGCCUGUUCUGAAUUGGUGACUCUGUCACCAAUAACGACUGCGGAGAACUGUAGCGUGCAGAUGUGUUGCCCCUCCCUUUUAAAAUUUUAUUUUCGUUUUUCUAUUGGGUAUUUGUUUUGUUUCUUGUACUUUUUCUCUCUCUCCCUGCCCCCCUCCCGCCCCCCCCCCCCCCCCGCCCCAUACCUUGUCUUCCCCUGGAUUUUCACCCUUUGGGCUGCCUUGCUCAUCUUUAUGCCCCAGCACUAGGUACGGGGCCCAACACGUGGUAGGCACUCCAUCAGUGUUUGCUGAAUUGAAAACAUUGUUGACUGUGGCUUCUAUCAGAGUGUCUACCUUUUGCAGCUCUUCCCCUCCCUCAUUUAAUUUGCUGCUUUUAAUCUACGUGGUCUGAGAAUUUGUGAAACCAGUGUUGUUAGAAGUGUAUAUAAUCUGAAUCAAUAAGCUCUGAAUGGUGGCCAAGGGCCUCUCUUAUGGCACAAAAAUGCAUGGACUUCAUGACAGCUCUUUUGGUGGCUCAGAAGCCAUUUUUCAUAGAAUCAUGGAAUCUAGAAUAUUCCUGCUGGAAAGAACCUGAGAGUUGGUUUGGACCAAUUCCCUGGUUUUCCAGCAGAUGAAACAGGCCCAAAGAGGUUAAAUGACUGGGUGAAAAUCACAUAGCUGUCUGGUGCCAGAGCCAGCCUAUAGUAGAGUCCCCUGACCCCAAGCCCGGUGCUCAUUCCACUACCUCUCACACUUCACAACAAUUUCCUCAACACUUGAGGGCCCAGAAAGUCUGAUCUCUCCAGAAUGAUGAGCCCAGAGGAAUGCUGAGAAAUCAUCUGGAGGAGGGAGCAGAAAGAGAAGGUUUUUAAGGAGGGGCUUCUGAAUACUUGGGAGAUACGGAACGGACCAAGGAACACACUCCAGGGUGCAUUCGUUGCUCCCUGGGGCACCACUUCUGGAUUAAAGUGUGCCAGGUCCUUUGGAGGCCCUACCCCUUCCCCAUUCAUUGCCACCAGUGAGAAAUGGGGGUGCCCCUGUGUAAAGAAACCUACCAAAGGUUUACAUUUGCACCUUAGCCUCAAUAGCUAGGAACCCUAGAGAAGCAGCUAGCUGGAGCUCAUCUGCGACUCCUGACUCUCAGGAGAAAGAUGGAUUUUAACCCAAAAUUAUGAGUGAGCUGUUAACUCUAAAAUGUACUUGGGAGAUAGGCCAAGCGAGAGGUCAUGGGGCCAACUAAGUGUUAUCAAGUAGAAAAGACAGUACACUGCUUUUCUUUUAGUGUUUGCUUUUCCUUUGCUAUAUGUUUUGCUAUUUCCUUGUGGCUUAGAAUGUAAAAUUGAUUGUUAAAAGUUUUGUUCUGAAUAAAUAUUUAUCUUUUGUAUUGCUAAAA